GACUGAUUGACUUGACAGUGGCCGCCACCAAGCAGCACUUUCAACCCAACUCGGCGCAAAGAAAGAAGAAGAAGAAAAAAAAAAGAAUCUAAAAAAAAUAUUAACAGUCAUUUGCGCAUCUUUCUCAAGAUUUAUCAAGCUACAGAAACCCGACCUAACCGCAUUUCCCGCUUCGCAGCACGUAACGCUGCUAAGAAGUUGCCCGCCAUGAAGGUCACUUUCAAGGACCUCAAACAGCAAAAGUUCGUCAUCGAAGUCGAACCGACUGACCUGAUCUCGGCAGUCAAGCAGAAGAUUUCGGAGGAGCGAGGAUGGGAUCCCAAGCUGCAGAAGUUGAUCUACUCAGGCAAGAUUCUUAAGGAUGAGGAGACGGUCGAGUCGUACAAGAUUGAAGAGAAGGGAUUCGUUGUAUGCGUGGUCAACAAGCCGAAAGCUGCUCCUGCAUCUGCCGCUGCUGCAUCUUCCAAUGCCCCUCCCGCGACGCCAGCUGCGGCCCCGGCAGCCACGCCGGCCGCGCCUCCGGCCCCUGCCCAGACGAGCAGCUCGGAACCAGCGGUGCCCGCCACGCCGACUCCGCAAAGAGCCGGAGAAGCUCCGGGUGGUGCCAACUUUAACGACCCCAACAUGCUCAGCACCGGCGCAGCGCGUGAUGAAGCCAUCGCCAACAUGGAGGCAAUGGGGUUCGAGCGCACCCAGAUCGAUGCUGCCAUGCGCGCGGCCUACUUCAACCCAGACCGAGCUGUGGAAUAUCUGUUGAAUGGUAUCCCUGAGAACUUGCGUCAAGCAACCCAACCGCCUGCCGCCCGGGCUGCCGGACAAUCGCCUGCCCCUGCCGGUGGUGCCGCCGCACCUGCUGCUGCAUCAGGCGGCGGAGAUGACGAUGUGGUCAACUUGUUCGAUCUCGCAGCACAGGCCGGCCGUGGAGGCGCAGGGAGCGGGGCUGGUCGCGGAGGCAGUGCAGGCAGUGCAGGCAACGCGGCCGCGGCUGCGGCUGCGGUGGCAGCCGCGGCGGGAGCAGGUGCUGGCGGCCAGUCACUGGGCAACCUCGACUUCCUCCGGAACAACACACAAUUCCAGCAGCUCCGCCAGGUUGUCCAGCAGCAACCGCAAAUGCUCGAGCCUAUCCUGCAACAACUUGGAGCUGGCAACCCCCAGCUUGCGCAACUGAUUGCAGCGAACCCAGAUCAGUUUCUCGCUCUCCUGGGUGAGGAUGCAGACGAGGAUGCACCGCUGCCGCCUGGUGCCCAAGCAAUUUCGGUCACCGAGGAGGAGCGCGAUGCUAUUGAGAGGCUUUGCCGUCUGGGAUUUGGACGUGAGCAGGCUAUCCAAGCCUACUUCGCAUGCGAUAAGAACGAGGAGCUUGCCGCCAAUUUCCUCUUCGACCAGCCCGAUGAUGACGAUCUGCCCCAGUAGACAAAGACGCUACUGGCAAGCUCAUAUCUUGUGCCUGUUACUUACGAAACGACCCGCAACAGAAACCUCGCCGCCCAGCAUAAUAGGCGGACCGAGGAUGAAACGAUGUUCUGGUUUUUUCUUCUUCUUCUAGGGGUUGGUGGCGUUUGGGGGGCUGGGAAGUAGCCGGCAGAGACGGUUGAUGAGUGACUACUUUGUCACUAAGACCAGACGACUCGAUGCAUACCAGCCAAGAAUUAAACAUUCGAAAACACGACCUUGCAGUUAUUUGCCAUGUUGAUACUUAGCCCCUGCUCACAUAUCCCAUAUUCCACACUCCAAAAACCUAGUCGAGGUUACAAGACGCGCACCACUAAGAGGUGGUCAAGGCAGUCGAUGGUGGCAAGCACAUGGAUUUUUGCACUUGGUGUUGAUUUGGCCAGAUGGCGGAAUGCGGGAAUGUGGGAGAGAAUCGAUGCCGGAGCGAAGUUUCUGGACAAGGGCAACUAUUCGAUUUUGCUACCUUGACAGUACUGCUAUUUGAGGGUUUUGAGGCACAUCGAUAACAAGUAGAGUAGCGAUGAUUGCCUAUAUAUUUUUUUUUUCAACGGAACUGACGU